AUGGCCGCUGCAGAAACACAUCCAACUGAGAAUACGCCCCUGUUGCGCGACGAAACUCACACCAAUGGCACCACAGAUCCAGAGCAAGUCUCCAACGAUUCUCUGCAGGAAAAUGGAGCGCAAAAGGGUCCUUCGUCUACUUCUACGCAAUUGAGGUAUAUUCUUCCUGCUAUCUCAAUUGGUGUCUUCCUAGCAGCAGCCGACCAAACUAUCAUCGUCGCAAGCUACGGGAAAAUCGGCAGCGAUCUAAAGGCCCUCAACUUGACAAGUUGGAUUGCGACUUCGUAUUUUCUGACCUUGACUUCUUUUCAGCCAUUGUACGGCAAACUGUGUAAUAUCUUUGGGCGCAAGGCAUGUUUGCUAUUUGCCUAUACCGUCUUUGGGACGGGAAGUUUGUUCUGCGGGUUGGCGCAGGAUAUUAAUCAGUUAAUUGCUGCGAGGGUUUAUCAAGGAAUUGGGGGUGGAGGUAUGACGACUGUUGUCAGCAUUCUCAUAAGUGACAUAGUGCCUUUGCGUGAUAGAGGCCUAUGGCAGGGGAUAAUCAACAUCAUAUACGCCACUGGAUCGGGAAUUGGUGCACCGCUAGGUGGUAUAUUGGCUGACUACAUCGGCUGGCGCUGGGCAUUCAUUGUGCAGGCGCCCAUCUGUCUCCUAGCAUUCCUAUUUGUCACUUUCUUACUGCACGUCCCUGGCCCCGACUCAGGAGACUGGAUUGCAAAGCUCAAACGCAUCGACUUCCUCGGCGCCACCGUUCUCGUCGGAGCCGUCUUGGGCAUCUCUGUCGGUCUUGAUAGAGGAAGCAACGUCUCUUGGACCAUUCCGGAGACCUAUGUCUCUGUGAUCGUUUCGGUAGUCUUGUUCGUGGCCUUCAUCCUGAUUGAGAACUACGUCGCAUCCGAGCCAUUUGCGCCUGGCCACCUCAUCUUCGACCAAAACCUACUUGCGUGUUAUGCGUGCAAUUUCUUCAGUUUUGCGGGUUUCAUGGGUACUAUUUUCUAUAUUCCGCUUUACUUUCAAGCUGUGAAUGGAGUUUCGGCUAGUGUAGCUGGAGUGCGACUUUUACCGCAAAUUAUUCUUGGUGUGUCGGGKUCAUUGGCUGCUGGAUACUUGAUGAAGCGGACUGGAACGUACUACGGGCUCACUAUCUUUGGAUAUGCGCUUUUACUCGCUGGCUCACUCGUUCUAUUCCUCUUUUCUGGUGCCGUUGCCGAUGCAUAUCAGGUGAUGAUUGUGGGAGCUAUGAUAUCUGCCUUCGGAAACGGAAUAGGCGUCACUACAACAUUGAUCGGACUUAUCUCAAAUGCCUCCUCAGAAGACCAAGCGGUCGUGACCGCCUGCUCAUAUCUCUUCCGCUCCCUCGGUAGCGUGCUUGGUCUCUCACUCGCAUCUACCGUCGAACAACAACUCCUCCGUGACAGACUCCAACUUGUUCUCCACGGCAGCAAGGAUAUUGAUCGCAUUGUGGAUGGUGUACGGCAAUCUCUCGACUUUAUCAAGACCUUGCCCAUUGAUGUACAAGCCGUCGUUCGUAGAGCCUAUGGUUGGUCUACGAACAUAACGUUUGCUGUUCAGAUGGGUAUUACGCUCUUUGCACUUGUUAGUGCGUUUUUCAUCAAGGAGACAAAGCUCUGA